AUGCGGCCGCGGGGGACUACAGACCAAGCGAGACUGUCAAGCGCCCUACUGACCUCAAGGGAUCGCAACCCAUACUCUCAGGUUAUCAUACUAGGAUUCGUCUGUUUCAUGUGUCCUGGGAUGUUCAAUGCGCUUACUGGCCUCGGAGGGGGAGGUCAAGUCGAUGGCAAGUCAGCCGCCAAUGCAAAUUGUGCACUGUAUUCAACAUCAGCGUUCUUUUCCUUUUUUUCCGGUUCAAUUCACAACGUAUUAGGCUCCCGACUUACGCUCUUCCUUGGAACAUUUGGUUAUUCUUUGUACAUCGCGUCUUUCCUUGUUGUUAACAUUCAUCCUGGUGCUGGUGCUUUCGUCACUACAGCUGGUGCUUUGUUAGGCAUUUGUGCCGCUUUGCUAUGGACCGCUCAAGGAAGUCUCAUGCUGGCAUAUCCAACGGAGGUUCAAAAGGGGAGAUUUAUUGGUAUCUUUUGGGCAAUAUUCAAUCUCGGAGCUGUUGUUGGAGCUGCAGUAGCCCUUGGUAAUAAUUUCCACUCGGAGGCUGGCAGCGUCGGAAAUGGAACAUACAUUGGAUUCCUCAUCCUCACUCUUAUUGGGGUGUGCAUUCCUAUCUUCAUGGUCGAUCCUGAUAACAUGAUACGCACCGACGGCACCGAAGUUGCCCGUGUCAGGCAUCUGUCGUGGAAGCAUGAAUUUUACAGUUUUUACUUGACGCUCAAGACAGACCCUCUCAUUCUUCUUCUCUUUCCAAUGUUCUUUGCAAGUAACUAUUUUUAUACUUGGCAAUUCAAUGACUACAACUCGGCGUUGUUCAACAUCCGUACUAGGGCUUUAAAUAAUAUCGUCUAUUGGUUGUCUCAGAUAUUUGGGUCCGUUGCCAUUGGCGUUAUUCUAGAUCAACCACGAGUUCGCCGCCGGGUCCGUGCGUUCGCAGGUUGGGGCAUCCUUCUGAUCAUGGUAUUUGUUGUGCAUGUAUGGGCAUACUUCUAUCAGAGCAGGACUUACACUCGGGAGACGAUUACAAACCAUCCGUUUGACAUGGACAUGUACGACAUUGCUUACCCAGCGCAUUGUUGGCUAAUGAUAUUCUGUGGUUUGCUCGAUGCGAUGUGGCAAACUACGGCGUACUGGCUCAUGGGUGCUAUGUCCAAUGAUCCUGCCAGGCUUGCAAUUUUCAUAGGCUUCUACAAAUCAUUAGAAUCUGCAGGAGCUGCGGUUGCCUGGCGGGAGGACGCGAUCAAACUUCCAUACAUGAGUAUCUUUACCUCGACAUGGGGCCUUACCGCAGCUGGCCUCGUGUUGGCUUUUCCUAUGAUUUAUGUGCGAGUCAGGGAUCAUUCGGAUGUAAUAGAUGAAUAUGUGUGA